UUCCCUACCCGCUUCCUGUGAAUUUUGCCGGUCUCUCUCUCUCUCUCUCUCUGGAACAAGUGCGAGCAAAAUGGCCAGUCCAGUUAUCUCCGUUACACGUGCUCUCGGCCGUGCAGGCAGGGCAUGGAACAACCUCGUGACACCAGCGUCCGUCAGUGUUUCUCAGAAGAGACAAUAUGGUGCUCAAGGCAAGAGGAUCAAGGUAGACAACCCUGUCGUGGAGCUUGACGGAGAUGAGAUGACCAGGAUCAUUUGGGAGAAGAUCAAGGACACGUUGAUCCUGCCCUACCUGGAUGUGGACCUAAAGUACUACGACCUUGGACUGCCCUACAGAGAUCAGACGGACGACCAGGUCACCAUUGACUCAGCACUGGCUAUACAGAAGUAUAAUGUGGGUGUGAAAUGUGCCACCAUCACACCCGAUGAAGAGCGAGUAGAAGAGUUUAAGCUAAAGAAGAUGUGGUUGUCGCCCAACGGCACGAUCAGAAACAUCCUCAACGGCACAGUGUUCCGUGAACCCAUUCUGUGCGACAAGAUCCCUCGUCUGGUGCCCGGAUGGACACAGCCCAUCGUCAUUGGGCGUCACGCUUUUGGAGACCAGUACAAAGCCACAGACAUGGUGAUCAAAGGAAAGGGAAAAUGUGAAAUCGUUUUCACCCCCGAAGGCGGUAAGGAAGAAAGGACGGAGGUGUUCACCUUCACCAAAGGUGGUGGUUGCGUGAUGGGAAUGUACAACACAGACGAGUCCAUCACUGGCUUCGCCCAUGCCAGUUUCCAGUAUGCCAUCACUAAGAAAUGGCCCCUGUACAUGUCUACCAAGAACACCAUUCUCAAGCGUUACGAUGGACGCUUCAAAGACAUCUUCGAGGCUAUUUACCAGAGUGACUACAGGGCACAGUUUGAGAAGUUGGGAAUCUGGUACGAACACCGACUCAUAGAUGAUAUGGUGGCCCAGGCACUGAAGUCGAGCGGAGGGUUUGUUUGGGCGUGCAAGAACUACGAUGGAGAUGUACAGUCCGACAUUGUAGCUCAGGGCUACGGUUCCCUGGGGCUGAUGACCAGUGUGUUGCUAUGUCCCGAUGGUAAAACCAUCGAGUCCGAGGCUGCCCAUGGAACAGUCACCCGGCAUUACAGGGAACAUCAGAAGGGUAACCCCACCAGUACUAACCCUGUAGCCAGCAUCUACGCCUGGACUCGUGGCCUGGAGCACCGUGGAAAACUGGACGGAAACCAGGAUCUUGUUAGGUUUGCGACCACCCUGGAGAAGGCCUGUGUAGACACUGUGGACUCGGGCAGCAUGACAAAGGAUCUCGCUGGCUGUAUACACGGAAUUAAAAAUGUGAAGCCAGAGCACUACCUGAACACCAUGGACUUCCUCGAGGCUAUCCGAUCAGACCUGGAAAAGAAGAUGAAUUGACGCCACUCAACAUAGUCAUAGGAAAUUUAUCAUAAAACAUUGGAUGCAGAGUAGGCAGCUUCUCGAUACAAAAAACAAUUGUGUGUGGCGAGUGUGGAUCAUUCGUCUAGCACACUUCAGUCAGUCAUUCCCCUCAUUCUGUUUAUUUAAUCUAGGUUUUUUUUGUUGCCGUUUAUUUCCCUGUGUGAUAACUCUGACUUGGCGGUGCUUUAAGUGCCCCAGUCUACAGUGAGGAGAAAACCACGACGUGCCAAAGGUUGACAUUAAAUUCUUUCUCUGUCAUCAUAAUAUCUCAGAGGAAAAGGAAUUUAAAAGAACAUUUAUUUAAGAUUUAUGGUGAAGACAUUUCGUUGCAUUUAGAAUGGUUGUACAAUUUAUACUGAGUUUUAGUGCGUGGACACUGUAGGACGGAGAUGCUCUGUGUGUGUAGGACAAUAAAAUCUGUAGUCACAUCC